AAGUUAACCAUAUCAUUUUUAAUAUCUGAUCCAUAAUUUUGGCAAGUGUUGACAAGACAUUGUAAUGGAUAAAACAUAAAAAUAGGGUACAGAAAAGGUCAACAGUUAUCAAUACCAAGUUCGUGAUUUCGGACGAUGAUAUAUUCCUACCUAACAUUAUUUUAAUCAAUGUUAUAAUACACUGUUGUAAACUUACACCACUCAUGUAAUGGUCGUACAUAAUUUUAAGAUCAAUUACCAGCUUAUCAAACUGCGAAUUUAGGAAAAGAACCUUAUCUUAAAUAACUAAAGACGAAAAUUGUAUGAAGAUGAUUUUUCUUUAUUAGUCUCGACCCGAGAUCUUCACAUCUUUCGUGGCCGCGACCUUGUUGUGACGUGUAGUUAAAAUUAGGUUUCAUAAAGUCGUUUAGGCCAUGACAGCAGUAAAGCCCGAAUCCUUUGUUGAAUAUCUCGUAAUCGAGUACAGAUGGCUCCUUGCUGUAACCGUUUUGAUGCCACUUUCAUUCCUGUGGAAGAUCUGGUCAUUAGCAAGAAACUAUGUGGUUUUCAAACUGAGCACAGCUCCUCGAGCACACGAAAAAAAAGUUAAGCAUGUCCAAAGGCAGAUAAAAAACUGGUUAUCCGGUGAUCGCAGCACGCGGCUAUGUACCGCUCGACCAGCAUGGCAGGCCAUGUCCUUCCGGCAAGGACUGUAUAAAAAAACCUUUACGAACAUACACAUAGACCUUGUAGAUAUACUGGAAGUGGAUACUAAAAACAUGACGGUACGAUGUGAACCUUUAGUCACGAUGGGUCAAGUUUCGAAAACACUAGAACCAUUGGGUCUUGCGUUAGCCGUUGUCCCAGAGUUGGACCAGCUCACAGUGGGGGGACUGGUGAUGGGGACGGGGGUAGAGACAUCGUCACACGUACAUGGUCUAUUCCAACACAUUUGUGUCCAAUAUGAACUCGUGCUGGCUGAUGGUUCUGUGGUGACUUGCAGUAAGGAUGAAAACGCAGAUUUAUUUUAUGCAGUACCAUGGUCAUAUGGUACAUUAGGCUUCUUAACGUCUGCGACUAUAAAAUUAGUACCGGCAAAGAAGUACGUUCGUCUGGAAUACCAUCCCUAUCACAAUUUAACAAAUCUGGCAAACAAGUUUAGACAAGAGUCUUUGAAAGACAAUCCUCACCAAUUUAUUGAAGCUCUCCUUUACGAUAAAGAUAGUGGUGUUGUUAUGACAGGUGAUAUGGUAGAUGAAAUUGGUAAUGAUGGUCGGUUUAACCCUAUUGGCAAAUGGUAUUCUGAAUGGUUUUUCACGCAAGUCGAGAAGCAUUUGAUUGCAAAGAAUCAGAAAAGUACCGUUGAGUACAUUCCUCUCCGGGAUUACUACCAUAGACACACUCGAAGCUUCUUUUGGGAAUUGCGGGAUAUAAUUCCAUUCGGCAAUCACCCAUUGUUCCGUCUGCUUUUCGGUUGGUUGAUGCCACCAGAGGUAUCACUUCUGAAGCUUACUCAACCAGAAUCCAUCACUAAGCUUUACAAUAAAGCGCAUGUCAUACAAGACAUGUUGGUGCCGAUUCAAUCUUUGGAAAGCGCGGUACAAUUGUUUCAUAAAGAGUUUAAGGUAUAUCCAAUAUGGUUGUGUCCCUUUAAAUUGUUUAAUAAUCCAGGUCAGCUAAAAAUCCGCUCUGGGGAAUGGGAAAUGUUCGUAGAUAUCGGUGUUUAUGGAGUUCCUAAAGCAGACGGCUUUGAAACGGUAUCAUCGACGAGACGUAUAGAAAAUUUCGUAACUCAACAAAAAGGCUACCAAAUGUUAUACGCAGACACGUAUACUACCCGAGACGAGUUCAGAGAAAUGUUUGAUCAUACCCUAUACGAUAAGAUGAGGGAUACACUGCCGUACUGUAAAGACGCUUUUCCGGAAAUAUAUGGAAAAGUUAAUAGGAAUGUCAGGAAAUAAUAUUAAAAUUGCAUUGAUUAUAAGCAAUCUUCUCUAACUAUGUGAGACGUAUACUAACUAUUACUCGUUUGUGUCUGACAAUAAUCAGGCUUUGCUUCACAUAAAAUUAUAGUUAAGAGAAUAUUCUCAGCAAACAAAUAAAAUUGACCUCAUUUUGAUCUA